AUGUCUCCAUUCAUUGAUGUCAUUGGUAACAGUGCCCUCACCAAACGAAACAUGGUCGAAGGGACUUCCGGUAUGAUACCGUCAAAGAAAGAAGCCCUCAUUCUCAGUCAUCUAUGCUCGAUACUUGAGCUUUCUACAACGAAAGUUGACUUGGAUUCAAACUUUGUUGGUCUCGGUGGUCAUUCAUUGAUGGCCAUCAAGCUCUCCAAAGCUUGCAAGAAAGAUGGUCUAACCCUAUCAAUACCAUCCAUUCUUUUAAGUCCUACUCUUACACAAUUGAUCGAAUCGGCAACCGAAACCAGAGCUAUUUCUUCCACAAACAUUUUGAAGAACUCACACGAUCUGAAUACACCCGUCAGUCCUACACGAUCGAGUCACGAACGCCAAAUAUCAUUCUCUAGGACUACACCUUCCAACAGAUACGCAACAUCUGCCUCCAACCUCUCAAUAACAGAGAUGCAACAUUCCUUCAUGCACAGCUACCAAAGACAACCUGGUAGCAAUAUCAUUAGUUUCUAUGAAACUUAUAGUUCCGCCAAUGUUCCAAUAAUGAAGAUGGCUUGGAAGACAGUCAUAGAUUCGGAAUCCAUAUUCCGGACGAUUUUUGAUCACGAUAAAGCCACAGCAACACAUUCCAAACAACCAUUACCUUUCGUCUGGGAUGAGAUCUUCGUGGAGGAUACAGAUACAUACAUUUCGGAACUAGAGAAGGAGAUCGUACCUGCAAAGAUGGAGGUCACUUUUACGGUCCUCACUCCAAGGACUCAAAGAUCCGGAAACGUUGGUGUUAGUACGAUAGUAUGGAGGGUUCAUCACGCAUUCAUUGAUGGAUAUUCGGCAAAUCUAUUGUAUGAGAAAGUUCGAAAAAUUGUGAUGGGUCAAAACAUUGUUUCCGGCACACCUUUCUCCAGUGUUAUACACGAAGUUCAAAAGUAUCAACAGAUGAACCGAGAAGUCAGCCGAUCGUUUUGGAGAAAACAGAUGGAAUUACAUCCAUCACCAGUGGGCGAUUUGUCUCUUCCAGUUCCAUCGUCAAGCUCCAAGUCAUCUCGAAAUGCCGAUGUUUCAUUUACGAUUCCCUCCGAGGAGAUUUCUGCCGCUGCGAGAUCAGCUGGUGUAUCAUUGGCAUCAUGGUUUCAAGCAGCUUGGGGUCUAGCACUAUCCAUGUAUGCAGAUUCUGAUACUGUGGUAUUUGGUACUGUUCUUUCCGGUCGCAAUUUACCAAUACCUGGCAUGGAUGAUACGAUUGGACCUUUCAUCAACACAUUACCAUUUCAUGUUUCACUGGACCGCAGUCAAACUGCAUUGGAAUAUGUUCAGUCUGUCUUUAGACAUUCGGUGGAGCUCAGUUCAUUCCAGCAUUCUCUUCCAGAGGAUGGAUAUAGUAGACAAUUCGCAUCAGCAUUGGCAAUGGAGUUUGAUAUGCAACCAACCGAUGAUCAUAAGGUUCGCCCAAUUGGACAAUCUUGGUUCAAAGUCGUUCCAGAUAUCCCACUCAGUAUCUUCAUGACCACGACUGGAACCAUCAGAAUGUCUUAUCAAACACAGAAGUACACCGAUUCCGAUAUCGAAUUACUCUCCGAGAACUUUCAAACCGCCAUUCUGUCUCUUCUAUCCCCAACCAAGUCCGUAGGUGAAUGUUUGUCUAAUUUACUCUCCACCAAAUCUCACGAGACUUUGAUGAAGAUGGGAAAUUGUUUGACGGAAGAAACUUCACCGGCUUCGAUCAAAGAUGAUUUAGUCACCUUAUUCGAGCGUGCCGCUGCCGAAAACCCCUCAGUCUUAGCUGUUGAAAAAGCUGAACAGAGCUUAACCUAUCAAGAAUUUAACAAGAUGGCCACCAAGCUAUCCGCUCAACUCUCCAAACACGUUCAACCCGGAGAUAUCGUCUGCGUGCAUGCGGAUCGAAGUAUCAAUUGGCUUGUUGCCAUCUACGGUAUUCUGAAAUCCGGUGCGGUAUACUCUGCACAAGAUGCCGCCUUACCAGGACACAUACGCGAAGCCAAUUUCCAGACUGCUGGCGGCAAACUUUUCUUGACACCAGCAUCAUCUCAACGAAGUAUUGCGCCAGCAUCAUGUCAGCUGUGUCUUUCGGUUGAGGAUCUUGUUCAACUACCUUUGCCAAGCUCGGUAGUGGUUGCUCCGCGACAAUUACCAAGGCCUGCGGAUAAUGCUUAUCUUUGCUUUACAUCUGGAUCAACGGGUAAGCCCAAGGGUGUCAUGUGUAGUCAUGAAGGUCUCGUGGCAUUUCAAAAAGAUCUCGCUGUUCGACUUUUCGCACUACCUGGUCAAAGAAUCUCUCAAUUGAUGUCUCCUGCAUUUGAUGGUAGUAUCCAUGAGAUAUUUUCUGCUCUAAGCUACGGAGCUACCAUUGUUCUAGCCGAUGGAAUCCAUCCAUUUUCUCAUCUUGAGAAAGCCACUGCAGCCAUCUUGACACCAUCCAUCGCCAAUAUUUUAGACCCCGAAGACUACCCCAUGCUUCGAAAUGUAUAUCUUGUCGGUGAGCCCGUACCACAACACGUCAACGAUGUCUGGUCUGGUGUGAAGAAUCUCUACAACAUGUAUGGACCUACCGAAGCCACAUGUGGAGCCACCAUCAAACGACUCCUCCCCGGAAAAUCGGUUAACAUAGGGGCUCCCAACCCCACCACUCGCGUCUACAUUCUCGAUCGAAACCAACAACUUCUUCCUCCCGGUGUCAUUGGAGAAAUUUAUCUAGCCGGUGUUCAAGUAGCUCGAGGUUAUAUCGGUAUGCCCCAGAUGACCGCCGAAAGAUUUCUCUCCGACACCAUCUGCAACCGUACCGGAGAAAUGAUGUAUCGAACAGGAGAUCGAGGAUAUUUCAACCGAGGUGGGGAAGUUGAAUGUCUGGGUCGUAAUGAUCGACAGAUCAAACUUCGUGGUUUCCGUCUUGAUCUUAAUGAUUUGGAAAUUCGUGUUGCGGAGGCUAUUCCGGAAUGUUCUGGUAUUGCUAUCUGUCAAAAGGGUGAUUAUCUCGUUGCCAUGGUUUCACCCGAGACAUUGGAUAUUGGGAAGGUUAGAGCAAAGGUUACCAAGGUAUUACCUGUUCAUGCUGUUCCUAGAAUUUUCAUGGCCGUGGAGAAAUUCCCAAUGACACCUGCUGGAAAGUUGGACCACAAGGCAAUUACCACCAUGACCAUGGCAAAGGAGGAGUCCGUCCCAAAGAAAAUUGAAAGUUCGACUGAGACUAGGAUGGCUCAAGCGUGGAAGGAAUUAUUGGGACUCGAGGCCAAUGUGGAGAUCACUAAAGAUUCUGAAUUUAUCUCACUUGGAGGUCAUUCUGUCAUGCAACUUCGUCUUGCCAGCAAACUCUCUGAGAUUUUCGCUGUUAAAAUGACGGUUUCUCAUAUUAUGCAAUCAGCGAAUUUAUUCGAGAUGGCAAAGACGAUUGAUGAUCUUCGAGCUCAAGGUCAACCAAUUGAUGUCACGGAUGGUUUGGUACCGCUAGGGAAUUAUCGAGUAUCUCCUAUUGAGCGUGAAUGGUUCGAGAAGUACAGGUUGAAUGUCGGAACUUCUUCAUUCAAUGUUACCUACGCCUGUUCAAUCGACAGCAAUGUUGUUGAUACCGAUAAACUCAUCUCAGCAUGGAACACAGUCCUAGCACGCCAUCGUAUUCUUCGAUGCAGAUAUGUCAAGACCGGACCAAAAGGAAGUGUACGAAGAGGCUACGAUCGAUUCCCACCUCAGAUCAAGACUGUCAAUAAACUUGGACUCUGGAGAGAAUGCAACCGACCAUUUGAUUUGGAGCGUCAACAUCCCAUUCGAGUAUUCCUAUCCCGAAACACCAUGCUCGCAUCCAUGAGUCACAUCAUCGCCGAUUUAACAUCGCUCGAAGUCCUUCUCAAGGAAGUCACUACUCUUUAUAGCGGUAAAUCAUUACCACCCAUCGAGCAUACAUACAUGGAUACCACACAAUGGAGUACCCCAGCCACACCAACCGAAUCUAAAUGGUGGAAAGAAUAUCUUCACGGAGCAUCACAAUCCUAUACUCUUCCCAAUCUCUCCCAACGUAUCACAUACGCCGGUCGUACACGUCUUACGAAACUUCCUCGAGAACUCACCCAUCAAAUUUUAAAAUUCGCCGAUGAACAAAAAGUCACUCUUCAUCAACUGGCUCUUGGUGCUGUGGCACUUUCCCUUCAGCACGAUCAGAAUGAUAUCGAUAUCGUUCUAGGAGGACCCUAUUUCAACCGCGGAGCCCAAGAUCUUGAUACCGUUGGCUUAUUUCUCGAACCCCUCCCAAUUCGCAUCCGCCACCCUUCAUCAUCCACCUCCACAUCCACCUCCACAAAAUCAUACCUUCACUCCGUACAAACCUCCAGCCAAGCAGCCAUCGCGCACGCCAUGCCCUGGGAUCAAAUCCUCAACUCCACCACCUCCAAAACGCAUUUCCCUAACCACCCACUCCUCGACAUCAUGGUAACAUUCCACGAUCAUCGCACACCCAAAACUUCCAUCGAAGGGAUGAAUCCUCUGAUUACUUAUACCGAAGGAAGUAAAUUUGCGUUGUUGGUUGAGUUUUCAGUGAUUUCCGAUCAGGCGAUUGCGUUGCGCAUGGAGUAUGAUACGAAAUGUGUGUCGAAGGAAGAGAUUGUGGCGUUUGAGGCGGUUCUGUUUGAGGCUGUGAGGGGUUUGAUUGGGGGGUGCGGGUUGGAGGAUGUGAAGAGGGGUUUGGAGGAUGUGAAGAGGGGUUUGGAGGUUGUGAAGAGGGAGGUGUGUCAUAGUGGGGAUGGCAGGGAAUUGGCGCCGCCAAGUUAUUUUGGGAAGAGUUUGGAGACAUUGAGUCUUUGA